AUGGGAGUCCUCAAGGUUCCAAGCCUGCCAUGCUUGGUAUUUCUCAUGCUACUCCUCUUGGCUCCUGGCUUUGAUGCCAAGACAUGCCAGGAGCGCAGCGAGAGCUAUACCCCUUUUAGGUGCCUGACUGAUCCAUGUGUUGAGGCCUGCCACAAGGAGGGAUUUAUUGAUGGGAAGUGUGUCAUAUUCAAGUGUUACUGCAAAGCAUGUUAG